AUGUGGAUGCUGUUGUUCUUGGUUGUGUUCUAUCAAGCAAGGAAAGUUUUUAAGUGGGAUGAUCUGGGUAGGGAGAUACUGCAGAUGGCAAUCCCGGCUGCUUUGGCACUCGCCGCCGAUCCAGUGGCUUCCUUGAUCGACACCGCUUUUAUCGGCCAUUUGGGGCCGGUGGAAAUUGCGGCGGUGGGAGUGGCGGCUUCAAUUAUAAACCAGGCUAACAAAGUGACGAUAUUUCCGCUGGUGAACAUAACUACUUCGUUUGUUGCAGAGGAGACGACUGUUAAGGAGGGUAAUAAUAAUAAUGAAUUGUCGGCUAGAGGUGAUGAUUGGUCGGAAGGGGGUGUUGCGGCCCAGAUUGAGAGUGGAGAAGAAGGGUCAGAAGAAGAGACAGGAGAAUCUGAUGAUAAUUCUGAGGCUGAAACCAUGGGGAGUGGUUACAUGGGAAGCAGCGACACAAAUGGCUCUCCUUCCAUCACCGACGGGGAAGUUAAGCGAGGGAGGCUGAAGGUUCCUUCUGCUUCAACAGCUCUAAUUAUGGGAAUGAUUCUUGGCCUCCUACAAACAGUGUUCCUCACACUUCUUGCCAGGCCACUUCUGGGCUUAAUGGGUGUCAAAUCUGGAUCUGCCAUGUUACAGUCAGCACUGAAGUAUCUUGUUCUGAGAUCAAUUGGCUCCCCUGCAGUGCUUCUGUCACUGGCGAUCCAAGGGAUCUUUCGCGGUCUCAAGGAUACCACAACCCCUUUGUAUGCCACAGCUGUAUGUGAUUCAGUAAAUAUAGUACUGGAUUCUGUCUUUAUAUUGGCUUGCCAUUGGGGUGUCAGUGGAGCUGCCAUUGCUCAUGUUAUCUCUCAGUAUAUUAUGGUACUGAUCUUGUUCUGCAAGUUGAUUAAAGAAGUCGAGUUGUUGCCCCCUAGUUCGAGACAUUUACAGCUGAGUAAAUUUCUCAGGAAUGGAUUAUGGUUGUUUGCUAGGGUGAUUGCUGCCACAUUCUGUGUCACCCUGGCUUCUUCCCUUGCUGCUAGGCUUGGUUCCACAGUCAUGGCAGCAUUCCAAGUCUGUUUACAAGUCUGGUUGACAACAUCUCUCCUUGCUGAUGGCUUGGCCAUUGCAGCACAGGCAAUUAUUGCUGGUGCAAUUGCCCAGAAAGAUUAUAGCAAAGCUAGAGCCACUGCAGCAAGAGUACUUCAGAUGGGAAUCAUAUUGGGACAUGCCCUUGUUAUCUUAGUGGGAGUGGGGCUAUACUUUGGAAAAGGAGCAUUCUCUGAAGACAAAAAUGUUCUUCGCAUGAUAACCAUAGGCGUCCCGUUUGUUGCAGGCACACAACCCAUCAACACGAUGGCGUUCGUUCUUGAUGGUGUCAACUUCGGGGCAUCAGAUUUUCUCUACGCUGCAUAUUCUAUGGUGUUUGUGGCCGCCAUGACCGUUGGAUCUGAGUUUCUGCUCCUGAAAUCCAACGGCUUCGUCGGAAUCUGGAUUGCUUUAGCCAUUUUCAUGCUCCUUCGCACCAUUGCAGGCUUUUGGAGGAUGGCGACUGGAACAGGGCCUUGGCGUUUCCUCAGGGCCCUUGAUACUUAG